AUGGCCUCGGGCCGCUCUGCUUCUCCCGCUGAGUCAGAGCAUCCUAGUAGCCUCGACACUCUCGAGGCUGUAUCCAGCCACCUUCAUACUUUGCAGGUGGCCCACGAUCUGCUUCAUUCACGCGUCCGUGUGGCCGAGGAUCGCCUUGCUUGGCUGGAGGAGCAGCAUACUCAUUCUGCUGCUCGCAUCUCUUGGCUUGAGCAGUUCAUUGCACACUUGCGGCAGCCGUGGGAUGCCAGCAUUUGCUCUGAUGCGUCCGCCAGGAAGAGGUUCAUGCCGGGGCUUCCGGCUCCGCAGAGAUUGCUCCCGCCUGCAGUUCCCGAGAGAGAAGCAUCUCAUCCUGAGGCGGCGAGGAUGCAGAGCAGGCUCGAUGCCGCGGGUGCCAAGUUUGCUAGAAGGACAAAACAUGUUUCUUGGGACGCGAAGGAGACUGAGGAGAAGAAUUUUGCUUUAUUUAAGUGGCUUAAGAUCAUUGAGCGAGGGCCGUGGGACUUUGCUGUGUCUCGUGAUUUCUUGAGGGCCCGCUUGUUGGGGCUCGGUGCUGGUGAUCUUCUUGAGAGUAUUUCGAAUGCUCUGGCUGCAAAGAGCACUGCGACUCUGCAUACGAGAGCAGGUCCGAUGAUCAGAUAUCUGGCUUUCUGUGACCUGGAAGGUAUUGAGCCCUUCCCAAUCAGAGAGGAGGUCAUGUAUAAGUUCUUCUACGACAUGCAGACACAGGUAGCAGCAACAUUCUUCAAGUCUGUGCUUUCCUCGCUGGCUUUCGGCCGCUUCGUGUUGGGACUCGACAGUGCAGUGUUGGCGCUUGAUUCUCUGAGGGUGAAAGGGCUCGCCAGAAAGCUGUACCUGGGCAUCAGGCGAUUGCAGCAGAGACCGCCACUUCGAGUCAAGGACGUUAUCAGGCUGGAGCUGAUUUGCACGGGCGAUAUACCUCGCUCAGCCCUCGAUGUGGUACUGGCAGGCUUCGUCCUCUUUAUGGUGUUCGCUAGAGCACGUCAUUCUGAUGCCCAACAUGUUUCCUUGUUGUCUUUCGAGCUUGACUUCCGGGGUGAUUUGCCUGCUGGCUUUAUCAACGCGGAGGUAAAGAAAACGAAAACUAGCUUCACUGUGGAGCGGAAAACAAAAUUUUUGCCUAUGCUGGCGCCGGCGCGGGGUCUCAGCGGCAAGUGUUGGGCAUCAGGGUGGAAGGCGGCGCUCGAGAAGGAGAACAUCACUGCAGGGGAAGGGAAACCUCUCAUGCCGUCACCCAAGAGUGGGGGAGGAUGGAAUGUGAUCCCGCAAACUGCUCAGGCUUCUGGGCAGUGGAUGCGUGCUCUGCUGAGUGAUGGCACUGAUGAUCCCUACUUGCUUGGGCUGGGGACGCACUCAGCCAAAGCCACACUCUUGUCGUGGCUAAACAAGAAGGGUGUGGCUCGAGAUGUCACUGCAUUGUUGGGUUAUCACGCAACAAAAGAUGCUGGCAUAGGUACGGAGAUCAUCUAUGCCAGGGAUGCCAUGGCAUAUCCCUUAAGAGUCUUGCAGGAGCUCGUCGAUGAGGUCCGUGAUCGUUCUUUCAGGCCUGAUGAGACCAGAGGCCUUAUGACGGCCGCGGAGAGGGAGGCUGCGGGAGUUCGCGACGAUGCAGGCGCAGAUUGCUCGUCGUCCUCUUCUGAGGAUGAGGCGGUCAUGGCUAGGAACGAAACCUCGCGAGUUUUGCACAUUUCACGUGAGGAGCAGGCCACCGCUUUCAUUUGUGGCAGAAAGAUUACGGCUGCCUAUGAGGUGCUGCGGGCAGAGGGCGUGGACAAUCCAAAGUUCCGUGCGCAUGCCGUGACCAAAUUGAAGGCUGCCGGAAUCAAUACACUUGCUAAGGUGGCAUUCGUUUCGUCUUACGCGCCCGGUGCUGCUUCUGAUGCCGAGCUCAUUAAAGUCCUCAACGAAGCACUCGGGAAGGAGAGUGACGCAGGCCAGAAAGCAUCCUGGCGCAGGCUAUUCCAUGAAGCUUAUGCCGUGGCUACUCAAGAGCUUAAGACGAUGGCCGAGAGGCCAGAUGAGGCAGGGCCAAGACGUCUGUCACAGCCGGAGAGAGCAGAGAGGUACCGAAAAAUCAAGGCAUCUGUUUCUGGGAUCGAUAUCAAGGAUCGGAACGAGCCGAGCGACGCUUUGCUGGACUUGUGUGUGGGCAUCUACGAAGGGAAUCGCCUUCGCUAUGUGUCUUGGGAUCGGUGCACCUCCAAGUCCCAGGAGCUCUCGAGUGAGGUGAAGCGUGACAACAUGCUCACUGUGGAUGCCCAGGGGCGCUUGAAAGCUGAGGCUAAGGGCGAUCACAUUAAAGCUGACACGAGUUCGGAGAUUUUGCUGCAGUUCGCACUCUUGAGAAGAGGUCUUGCAUUUGAAAUGUCGAACUUGCUCGACUUUCGUUUGCAUCGCAGGUGGGCCGAAAAAUUGAUAGAGACGAGGAUGGCGGCCCAACUCGACACGCAUUCGCAAGUGUCGUUUGCCCAAUUGGAGGCGGCGGACCAGAAAUUCUUCCAGGAAUUAGCGGACAGGACUCGCGAUGGAGUCCAGGCCACCGCUGUCGGUCGCCCGUUGGACGACUGCUUUGAAGAAGUCUUCAACUUGCCAGAGGUCACACAUGUGAUGCAGCCGUUGCCUAAGCCUAGCGGUCGUGUGGAGCCGCCUCCGAAGCCACGCUGGAGCCCGUACGAUCGCCCCUCAAAGGGUGGUCGGAAAGGCAAGAGCCCAGGCACAGGCAAGAGCACACCGAGGAUGCCCAAGGAGCUUGUUGGCUGCAAGGUGGGUCGAGACGAGGUGGCGGAGAUGCCAUCGGCAAUGAGUAGUGGGCAGCUCGGAGUGGGCUUGUCCAAGCGAGCGCGGUCAAGGGACCGUGCUAUUGCACAAGUUGCUGAUUCGGCCGAGGGGUCGGAUUCUGAAUCUUCGAUUUUCGCUGCUGAGCAUGUCGCUUCAGCGCCUUUGUUUUGCAAAGAUCCUGAGCAAUUUUCUGCUGCCGCAUCACUUAAGAAGCCUUUAGAUCUCAGGGAUGUUGUGACCUUGUGCGAUUUGCUGGAGAGUGAGAUUCCGGCAAGAGGGAACAAUUCUGAGGACGAGUUCAGCUGGAGCACAGGUGCGUACGUGCAUGGAGGUGUGCACGGAUGCCGACAACAUAUGCAUCAGUUUCCCGUGACUUCUGCAUUCCUUGCAAAAGUCUUCAAGGAAUACCACCCGAGGCUUCCCGUGACAACAUUGUCAUUGACUCGCAACGUGCGAACGACCUUGCAUUUGGAUGCAAACAAUGCACUGGGCUAUCUGAACGGCUUGGUUAAGAUUUCGGGGUUUAGUGGUGGGGGUUUGUGGGUCCAGGAUUCAAGCGGAAGCAUUGUGUGCCCCACCGAUCCUUCUCUUCUGGGCUCACACCUCGACUUCAGCGACUUAACUCUUGCCUUUGAUCCGCAUAAGAAGCACCUUACGUUGCCUUGGACUCAGGGCCCACGUAUCGUUCUCAUUGGUUUUGUGGUCAAAGCCCCCGCCGAGAUUCCAGACCAGGCUGCAGAGAUGCUGCUACGAGCGGGUUUCAAUCUACCUUGUCAGGAUACGGCGACUUCUCUGUGUCAGCUUGGGUCGCAUAGUACCUUCUCAGGACUGUCUUCGAGCUCCUUGGUUCCAAAGGCAAAGAGCUCCCGUGGUGCCCCUCUUGUGAUCCAACUCUGCGCCGGGUCAGGCCUUUUGUCAGCCUCCGUCAAAGCUGCAAACAUAGACACUUUGGCGGUUGAUUUUCACGGGAAUCGCACUAAGCCUUAUGUGCAUGUUGUCGGCCUCGACCUCACGCUGCCAGCCUCGUGGGAGUACUUGACGACCGUUCUUGAAAACAGACACGUUGUUCAUGUGCAUGUAACUCCCCCUUCUGGGACGACGCGACGAUCACGUGCAAAAUCGUCGCUUCGAAGUGCUUCCCACCCGUGGGGUGUGCCAGGUCAGGACUCCUCGGCUCUGGCCCGUCUACAGUCGGCCAACCGCAUUUUCAUUCAGCUGGGGGCCUUUUUGCUUCGGGCUCGUGAACUUGAGGUACCGUUCUCGCUUAUGCAUCCCAUGUCUUCCUGGCUUUGGGAGCUGCCUCCCUUCGCCGACCUGCUCAAGGUCACUUCGGAGGCGCCGGUGUAUCUGGUGUCUGACCUACACAGGAUCCAGCAUCUUCGUUUGGUGUACACCCUGUGUGACCUGUCCCCGCUUUCCGCGGCUGACAGAGCCGACGCCGUGCCAGCCAAACUCUUUUGCGAUCGUUUUGCUGCUGCCUUGUCCACUCAGGUUGCUGCCUUGGGUUUAGGCCCCUCCCCUCUUAGUCUCCCCGAGGUGCGCGCUGCGGCGCAAAACCAGCCGAAGGCGUCCAAGCUGCCACCGCUUGUGCCAGAGUUUGCAUACACGCAGCGCUUACGGUGUGCGGGCCAUCCACCUUUGGAUGCCAAGAACCAGCUGACACAUUCGUGGAACGGCGUGCCCAAACACGCCCGCCUCCUGCGCUCUUCCGCUUCCGAAGGGGGGGCGACUGAGGAAUCCGCGCAGCAAGCGACCAACAUCUCUUUGCAGAAGCCUCGCCAUACUGAGUAUGUGUUCGGUGUGUAUCGCGAGCCGGUGCAAUUUGUGUAUCAGGCUGUCGCACUUCAGCAUCCGUUUGAUGCCGCCAGAGCUCUUCCGGACAAGCUUGUUCGUGUGCUUUUUGACACAUUGACGAAAGGUCCCUUAUGCAUCAUGCGAAACAGGUUGCUCCUGCUGCAAAAGUGGAACCAGUGGGCGAAGGACCUUCGCUCAGAUGAGGCCGCUCUCCAGGCCUCCCUUCAUCCCUCGGUACGCAAGGUUCUUCAAGGAAAGAAGCUGCUUCUUCUUGACAAGAUUGCAAAAUCUCUUGACUGGCCCGACAAGCACCUGCAUCGCGACCUAUGUGCAGGGUUCAAGUUGUCAGGAGCUCCUGAUCCUACGGGUGUUUUUGAGCCAGACCACAAGCCUGCCUUAUCUUCGGAGGAGCAAUUUUGGGACGCUGCCGAAGUUUUGAAGCAUCAGCUUUGGGCACGGGUGAGGGAGCAGCCGGCUCAGGAGUACGAUGCGGAGUUGGCCGAAAUCACGCUGGGCGAAACCGGUGUUUCUGGAGGAAAAGGGUGGCUCGAGGGUCCUUUGUCAUUCUCUGAGCUCCAGGAGCGCUUUGAAGGCCAGUGGAUGCCGUGCCGAAGGUUCGCUGUAUGGCAAAACAAGUGGAGGCCGAUCGAUGAUCUUAGCGAGUCGGGACUCAAUGCUACUUUUGGCUGCCAUGAGAAGAUUCCCCUUAGGGCUCUGGACGAGGUGGUUUGGAUUUGCACCAAGAUAAUGCAGGCUGCCUCUGCUAGGGGCGAUGUCACUUUGCAUCUGAGCUCGGGCGAAACCUUGAAAGGCAAGCUGCAUGACCAUUGGACCGACAAGGAGAAGAUCAGGCCUGUCACUACAACGUUUGAUCUUAAAUCUGCUUACAAACAACUUCCGCUCGCACCGGAGGAACAAAGUAAGGCGAUUGUGACCAUUCGACAUCCUUCACAGACCGAGCCGUCCGGCUACAUAUGCAACACUCUUCCUUUCGGAGCCUGUGGAUCUGUUCUUCACUUCAACAGAGUUUCGGCUUUGCUGAGAAGGAUUAUGCUUGAGAUGGAGAUCUUGACGGCGCUUUAUUAUGAUGACUAUCCAGUAGUGACGCCGAGCCUCCUUGGCAACAGCACGGCUGCAGCCUUUACUUCAGUGAUGCGCCUUUUGGGGUUUAGGAUUGCUGAUGAUAAGGAUAAGCCUUUUUCGACGCGCUCGGAAACUUUGGGAGUUGUCAUAGACACGUCGGCGGAAGAUAUGUCGGGCGUGUCUGUGUGCAACAAACCAUCGAGGUCGCAGGCCAUCGCCGCUGCCAUUGAGGAGAUUAUCACCAGAGGGCACGUCGCACCUCGCGAGUUGCCUUCUUUGUUCGGCAGACUUCAGUUCGCCGAGGCACAGAUCCUUGGCAGAAUGGGCAGGUUGGCGAUUCAUGAUCUCAGAAGUCUUGAGAGGUGUUCUGCUGCGCGUGUCAACCUCACAGCUCAGCAUCUUGAAGCUUUGUUGCUCUUGAAGGAGCGCGUUGUGUCCGGAGCUCCGAGAACUGUUUCAGCUUCAGCUGCGACUAGUCCUAUCGUGAUCUUCACUGACGGCUGCUUUGAGCCGGAUGCUGCAAACCCCGCCGGUGUGGGGGGGGUGAUGUUCGCUCCUUCGCUUAGUGGAGGCUUGAAGGUAAGGGCCUUUGGCUCGCUUGUUCCGAAGACGUUGCUUGAAGCUUGGCAUGCCAAGGGCAAGCGACACCUCAUAGGACAGGUUGAGAUGUUCGCUGUCAUCAUUGCCAGAUCGUGCUGGGCGAACGUCCUGGACGGUGCCAGGGUCAUUUAUUUCGUCGAUCACAGCGGGGUGCUUGCAGCUUGCAUAAGCGGAUCCUCCAAAGAAGAUACCUGGAGAAAGCUCUUGUGUGCACUCGAGAAAGCUGAUUCACUGCCUGCCUUGCAAUGGUUCAGUCGUGUUCCUUCGCACUCUAAUAUCUCUGAUGGACCAUCAAGAGGUCGAUGGGAGGGCCUUUUGAGAGCCUUCCCGGAGUGCGCGAUCGAUGAUCCUUGUUGUCCUCUGACGGGUACAGUGCUUCAGCGCUUCGUCUAA